AUGCCUUGUUGAAUUUUCAUUAUUUUUGGAUAAGAAAACGAGGCAAACGCCCAUUACAAAAAACGAAACAAUUAUGAAAUACAUGCCUCGUUGAAUUGCGAUCAAACUACUUACAAGUAAUCAAUCCAGAGGUCAUGAGCUACGCACUGUCCAUGAAUUCCAAGAUGAGCUCGACUUCCUGGCUGGUAUUGGCAAUGAAAGUGCUGUCUAACUCGACAAGGUAUCGGCAAUGAACGUGCUGUCAAACUUGACAAGUUUGGAGUAGUCUAAGCGCCGAAGGAUUGCCACGGACUCCCAACAUGAAGCAUUCAAUGUGGUAGGAUUGAUAGGUGAUGGAAAUAACCCUCACCGUGCGGAUGUCAACUGGAGGACGCGGACCACCCCGAACACAGUCUAGCCAUUGCCGACUCGGCAGAUAUGCUGAUAUCCCGGAGGUUGAACUCGUAGCCUGAACUGAACCUAAAGCCGCCAUGGAUGUGACACAGUACGUAAUUUUCGGUCUGAGUCAACGAUCUUGAGGCAGCAGUUUCCGCGAAAUGUCUCAAAAAGUGGUUGCAUUUACAUUAUAAAAAAGGAAGAAACCGCGUCGGUGUCCUUUCCAACCGCGUCUCCAACAAAAUAACGACGUCGUCUGCGAAGUUACUCAGUUGACUUCGAUGCAGAGGAAGAAGGCCUCGUGGAGCAGCUGCAAUGGAGUUCCCUGCAGCUGAUUGAUUGCCUCCUCCAGCUCCAAGUAAUUACACGCCCAGCAACACCUACCCAGCAGGCUUCUUUUCGAAAUUAUAUGCUCGGUAUUGCUGUUGAUGAAAGUAUGGUGGAGGCAGCAGCUGCAGCUUUAGCGGUAGAGGCAUAUCGGGACGGGAGAAACUUAAUAUCUUAUGUCACUAAAAAAUUGGAUUAUGCUGAUGAUUUGGAGAAGAACUACAAAAGGCUCACGGAAGAAGCGGACAAGCUUUUCGCAAGGAGGGCUGAUGUGGAGGCUCAAGUACGGAAAGAUAUGAUGAAGAGGAUCACUAAAGAAUGUGACGCAUGGAUUUCUAGGGUCCGGGUAAUCGAGCAAGAGGUUUUGGAGCUGGAAAAUGAAUUCAAAAAGGGAACGAAGCGAACAUGGAGAAAGCGUCGCAUUUUGUCCAGAUCCACCCUAAGCAGACGCAUGGCGAAUAAGUGUGAGGAGCUGCAUAGCCUUUGGGCAGAGGGAAGAGUUGAAACAGAUGUCGUAGUUGAGAAACCACCGGAGCCUGUUAGGGUGAUAAAUUCCCCAAGAACAGAAAAUAAGCCAUCACUCCACUGGGCCAUCGAAGAGAUUCGAGGCCAUUUGAGGGAUCGGAAUGUAAAGAGAAUUGGACUAUGGGGGACGUUGGGGAUAGGGAAAACAACGAUCAUGCACAACCUGAACAAUGACGAAGAGAUCGCUAAUAUGUUCGAUAUUGUUAUCUCUGUCUCUGUAUCUGAAGACAAUAGUAUAGAGAAGUUGCAACGGGCAAUACUAAGAAGGCUUAAAUUGAAUGUCGAAGGAAACAAUGAUCAGAGUGAAGUUGCGUGGAGAAUAUCAAAGGAAUUGGAAAACAAAAGGUACUUAUUUCUUCUGGAUGAAGUGUCGGAGACUCUUGAAUUACAUAGAGUGGGAAUCCCUGAAGACGAAAUGGAUAGCAAGGUUGUCUUGGCAAGCAGAUAUGAACAUGUCUGCUAUGAUAUGGAGGUCGAUGAGUUCGUCAAUGUGAAGCGAUUGUCGGAUUUUGAUGCUUGGAAAAUGUUUCGGGAAAAAGUGGGACGGAACAUUAAUCUUCCCGGUGUCGAGGAGAUUGCGCGCCUUGUUGUGAACGAAUGUGCCGGUCUGCCCCUUUUGAUUGACAGAGUUGCAAGGAACUUCAGGAAGAAGGACAACAUUAAUCUAUGGAGGGAUGGUCUCCGGAGCUUGCGGAGAUGGCCAGACAUCAAAGUCCAAGGCAUGGAGGAAGUGCUCGAGUUUCUAAAAUUCUGCUACGAUGAUCUUGAUGAUGAGACACAAAAGAUUUGUUUCCUCUACAGCGCUUUAUAUCCCGAAGAGUACGAUAUCUUUGUGGAUUACCUGCUCGAAUGUUGGAAGGCCAGAGGUUUUAUAUGUGACGUGGUUGAUUUCUUGGAAGCUCGUGACAGGGGCCAUUCCAUCUUGAGUGAUCUCCUCGAUGUUUCCUUACUGGAAAGAAGCAAGAAGAUGAAACAUGUCAGGAUGAAUAAAGUCAUCCGAAACAUGGCUCUUAAGAUUUCAUCAGAUAGCAAGGAUUCAACAUUUUUGGUGAAAGCCCGUGAAGGGCUGCAAGAGCCCCCAACAGAAGAAGAAUGGAAGGGUGUCAGUGGGAUCUCCUUGAUGGACAACAAGCUGCAUAGUUUGCCGGAAGCUGUAGACUGUGAAGAUCUCCGGACUCUGUUACUACAGAGAAACCAUGAACUCACUCUGAUCCCAGAGUCAUUCUUUCAAUCAAUGCCCAAACUCCAAGUUCUAGAUCUGCAUGGCUGCGGAUGCAGAUCACUGCCAUCGUCAAUAUCCUCCUUGACGAGUCUGACAGCUCUGUAUCUAAAUUCCUGCAGAGACUUGAUGGAGCUUCCUGCUGACAUGAAAGCACUGAGAAAACUCGAGGUGCUUGAUAUUCGGGGAAGUGGGAUUAAUUACUUGCCGGUUCAGAUUGGCCACUUGCUUCAGUUGAGGUGUCUGAGGAUCUCUCUGUCGAACUCGUGCAUUGGAUCUUUAAUCCAGGGGCAAUCCAGGUUUGCCCAGAUUAGUCAGAACAUCAUCUCGAGACUUCGUUGGUUGGAAGAGCUCACAAUUGAUGUGGAUCCACAUAACCAAUGGUGGGAUGGGGUUGUGAAGACUAUCACAAAGGAGGUGGCUACCUUGACGAGGUUGACUUCUCUCUCGUUCUGCUUUCCUUCUGUCGACUGUUUGAAGAUAUUUGUCACGAGCAGCUCACUCUGGAAGAACUUCAGCUUCACAUUCCGAUUUUCUGUUGGAUAUCAUGAAUGCACAAGCUAUCAGAUCUUAGAACAUUUUGAGUAUGAAAUUUCCCGAUGCUUGAAAUAUGCAGAUGGAGAAGGUGUUGAUCAUGCGAUUAAGAAGGUACUUGCUGAAGCUGAUGCGUUUGAACUAAUUCGCCACAAGGGUAUCUCGAGUAUCUCAGAGUUCGGCAUUGAGAGUAUCAACAAGAUGCGGGGCUGCUUGAUCGAAGGAUGCACUGAUAUUGAGUUCAUAAUCGAUGGGACCCACGCAACAGAACCGUCAUUGGGAUGCUUGGAGAAGAUGGUCAUAAAAAACGCCCCAAGAUUGGCAAGCAUUUUUGCAGGCCCUGUCCAUUCGGGAAGUCUUGGUCGGUUGACUACCCUAAGCAUAUAUAAGUGCCCGAAGCUGUUGAUGAUCUUUUCUUGCGGAGUGAUCCAACAGCUAUCUGAACUUCAACACCUGCGGGUUGAGGAGUGCCAUGAGAUCAGAGAGAUAAUCAUGAGAGUCGAGAAUAGUAUUUUAGAACCUGGUUCUCUUCCGAAGCUCAAGACGCUGAUACUGAUUGACUUGCCCAAGUUGAGAAGCAUAUGGGUUGACAACUCCUUGGAGUGGGCAUCCUUGGAGGGCAUCACAGUAUAUAUGUGCCAGUCCCUAAUCAGAUUGCCCUUCGGCAAGAGUAACGCCAGCAACCUGAGAUAUAUCAAAGGCCAAAGAAUGUGGUGGAGGAUGUUGGAGUGGGAGGAAGAUGGCACUGAAGGGAGGCUCCAAUCUCUUUGCAUCUUCAGUCAAUGAGGCUCAGCAAUUUCUUCUCUUCCUCGGAGUUCCAAAGUGCAUGGUUGUAAACAGAACUGAAGAUGCUUGCUUCAUGUGACGUUAUGUUAGCGUAUCCUAGCUUAAAAGUUAAUGUGUAUUUUCUUUGCUCAUGAUCUAUGCUGUACUUACCACAAUGUGAUGGUGUGUGAUUAUGAAAUAAUAGCCUCAGGCGCGUACAUCCCUACAACUGCCUAAGGUUGUUACGUAUUCACUUUUAUUGGAUGAUGCCAAUUUCUUAAGAUCCUUUUACAUGAUGCAA